GCAGCAAAAGUCCCACCAAAGGGAUAUCUAACUUACCAAAAUUCGACCCAAAAAAAAAACUUCCCCAAAAAAGUGAGCAAGCUCAAUCCAAAACAAAAAGAUGAGAGCUUGCUCUGUUGAGUUUCAGACUUUCCUCAUCCCCAACAAACCAACAAACCCAAAAACCCAAUUUUUCACACGCCCUCCAAAACCCAUCACCCCACCUUCACCAUCCCCUGUUUUCCACACCACCCAACAACCCUGCACCUCCGCCAGACCACCAAUCGGAGCAAUUCAAAGCUGCCCAAGAUGCUUUUUGGGAGUUUCUUCAAGAAUGUGGGGUUUCUGAGACAGAAGCCGCCUUUGUUUCGUCGAAUUCGCCGAGGUAUUUGCGGAUGUUGGUCGAUGGGGUUUUGGAGUUGGAUGAGCUUGGGCUGUGGAGAGAGCGGGAGAGAAAGGAGGGGAGAGAAUUGGUUGGGUUUAAAGAAAAGGUGAGGUAUUUAGCCAAGGAAAAAGGUGACAAUGGAAAAGUUGCGUUUUUGGAGAGUGUGGUUGGGUUGAGUCUGUCUUCAGCUAUGAAUCUUGCCAGGCAUUUAUCAGCAGAGACACUUCCGAGACUCGUUGAGAAGUUCGACGGAGCAAAGCCUGGGUUACUCUUACUCUAUUCAGAUGCAACCAACCAAACGUUGAAGGCACAUUGUUUGGGUUGAUGACGCCUCAUGUGCCAAAAGGCGCACCUGGUUUUCCCUCAAGCUUUGCCGCCGUUAUU